AUGUUCUCACUGAACAAGAACGCACGAGAAUUCGAACAGCAGUUUCCCAGAGCGGUCGAAGCCAUCAUCAACGCUGAUUACGUGGAUGAUUUCCUGGACAGUGUGGAUACUGUUGAGGAAUCAGUGGAGAAGUCUAACAUCAAUUUGGAGGAAGCCCAGAAUAUCCAGAAAAAGUCUUCAAAUCUGGACGAUUCCAUAUACGUGGAACGUGUAUUUGGAAUGGUAUGGCAACCCAUUGUAGAUCUGUUUACGUUUGACGCUUCACUGAACGUGGAUCUGAAAAUGAUCUUAGCACAGAACAUUACGUCAAUAAAACGGCAGCCUGCCAACAUACGUAAUCAGGUCAACUCCGUCACCGACACCCACCCGUGUACCACAGAACUUGAAGGAUACGACAUCAACCUUUUCCGGUCAGAUAACAACGCUCUAAACAAGUCAGACCAACUCGAAGGACAUGGAAUUCCUGUAUCUGUUUCCUCAGUGGUUGAUAGUAAUCGUGAGGAGCGGCCGCCGUACCAGAAUGACGUGAUCACGCAACUUGUCCAGCAGCAAGCCGAGCUGCUAAAUAUGAUGUCCACACGGAUGGUUCUUGCUACCAGUAGCACAGCUGCAUCACCAGAAGCUGCCAUCGCUCCCACUCCCUUGUCGGACCUGAAGCUGCCCCUGAUGACCUUGCCUGUGUUCAGUGGUAACUAUCUCCAGUGGCAGUCAUUCAUUGAUCUUUUUAAUAGCAUGGUUCAUCAAAACUCAUCGCUGGCUAUCCCUCGCCAGAAACUAUACUUCCUGAAAACGAAUCUUUCAGGUGAAGCUGCAUCCCUAAUUUCUCACUUGAAAAUCGAGGAUGUAAAUUACAGUCCCGCCUUACAAAAACUAAAAUCGCGCUACGACAAGCCCCUCGAGAUCGCUCACAAUCAUAUUGAACGCUUUCUAAGCCAGCCAGCCCUGACAUCAUCGUCUGCUGAUGGCUUACGUUCACUGCAUGACAUCUCAGACGAAAUCGUUAGAGCCCUCCAAGCCAUGCAACGAGAGGAUCGGGACACAUGGCUUUUAUUUAUACUCAUUGAGAAGUUGGAUCAGGAAACCAAACAUCUAUGGUACCAACGAGUUACUGAUAUGCAAGAAGCGAACAUCACGCUGCAGUGUUUCCUCCACUUCAUAGAUUUUCGCAGUUUGGCCUUACAAUCGGCGCAGCCCCCCAAACAUGGAACAGUUGCUGCCCAAAAACCUCUUGUGAAACCAUCGUACAGAGGAGCAACUGUAUUCAUCACCACAAAUGCACCGCCAGUAUGCAACCCCCGAGGAAAGGCUGCCAACACUCAACAGACAAAGGCUGUGCAAAAAUUGCCUGAAACAGCACCUUGGAGUAGUAUGCAGAUGGGGAAAUUGCCGUUUACGUCGUAUGCCGUACAUGCCAACAAUAGUCCGGCCGCCCAGUCGCUAAUUUCGGCCCUUGAUCCCACCGCUAAUCUCGACGCGUCAAAUGUUCUUCUCGCUACCGUAGCCAUUAAUGUGUUGGACAAUUAUGGACGACCGCAUGCAUGUCGCGCAGUUCUGGAUUCCGCAUCUCAAGUAAGUUUCAUUAGUAAGAGCUUUUGCGACGAACUUGGCCUGGAUCUAAUGGAAGCAGACAUGGAUCUGGAGAGAAUUUCCUCCAUGUCUGCAAACGCCGACAAAUGUGCGCAAAUCGUUAUAGCACCUCGAUGCACGGAUUAUCGCAAUGCCGUCCCGUGUAUGGUGUUGGAAGAAAUCGUUAAAACAUUGCCAGCGAAACCAGCCGAUAUUGUCCAAUGGUCCAUACCUGAUUCAAUUGAGCUAGCUGAUCCACUUUUUAACCGCACCGGGUGGGCGGUAGCCGGACGCUAUCGAAACAGCCCUCCGCUAUCGAACAUGAAGGUGUCGACGUGCUUGUUGGCUUCCUGUGAUGAUGGUCUUUGCCAACAGCUGCGACAAUUUUGGAAAAUAGAAGAGUACGCUGCACCCAAAAUUCACAUCAGUGAGGAGGAAAAGCGCUGCGAGGAGCAUUUCUCAAUACAUACGGUUAGAUAUAACAGUGGAAAAUUUACCGUUCGUUUGCCAUUUUUGCACCCACCGAGUCAACUUGGCGAAUCGAGACAGAUGGCUGUUAGACGUCUGGAACACAUGGAAAGGAAAUUGCACCGGAGUCCACACCUCAAGCAAGAGUACCAUGCAUUCCUCCGCGAGUAUCUUGAGCUUGGGCACAUGACCAUUUCUGAAUAUGCAAGUCCUACAAAGGCCGUCUACUUACCCCACCACUGUGUGAUAAAGGAAGCCAGCUCAACGACGAAAUGCCGCAUUGUAUUUGAUGUGAAAACCACAAGCGGAAAAUCUCUUAAUGAUAUUCUCAUGGCUGGUCCAGUCCUGCACGACUCGCUGGUGAACAUUCUUCUACGCUUUCGAAUUCUUACUAUUGUGAUUACCGGCGAUAUCAAGCAAAUGUAUCGAAUGAUUGAAGUGCACCAAGAUGAUCGUGAUUUUCAACGGAUUUUGUGGCGAUGGUCAAGCGACAAGCAAGUGAAGGAAUAUCGGCUAAAUACUGUAAUCUACGGAACUAAAAGUGCUUUCUAUUUGGCCACAAAAUGCGUGCAGCAGUUGUUGAAGUCCCACAGACUGAUGUAUACGGAAGCAGUGGUAAAGGCGGAACGGGGCACAUAUGUGGACGACAUUUUAACAGGUGCCGAUUCAGAGGAGGAAGCCAUUCUACUUCACCAGCAGCUCUCAACAAUUUUAGCUUCUGGUGGUUUUCACCUCCGAAAGUGGGCGUCAAAUAGUAUAGAAGGUCUCAACGCGAUCCCGGCUGCUGAUCGGGAAAUAAACACAACUAUAGAACUGAACAACACCCGCACCAUCAAGGUCCUCGGCAUCUACUGGCAGCCGUGCAGCGACGAGUUCCUGUUCUUCUCUACCAUACCGAAUCAGAUCUUUCAGCCCACGAAGCGGACCAUGCUUUCGCAAAUCGCCAGUAUCUUUGACCCAUUAGGGCUUCUGGCGCCAAUAGUCAUCAAGGCGAAAAUGGCCAUGCAACAGAUCUGGGAACUGAAGGUGGACUGGGACGAAGCUCCCCCCGGUGAGUUAGUUCAAGUUUUGUUGACAUUCGUGCAAAGUCUUUCCGAUCUUAAUUCCUUACAGGUACCCCGACAAGUGAUCGGCACGCAAGCCACCUCUCGAUUAUAUCUGCACGGCUUCAGUGAGGCAUCCGAGCGAGCCAUGGAUGCGUGUGUCUACAUUCGUGCGAUAGACAACGACGGCAACACAUCAUCACAUCUGCUGUGUGCGAAAUCUAAAUUGGCGCCCAUUGGAAAUGGACGAACAACACUACCUCAGUUGGAGCUGUGCGCCGCAGUGAUCCUGUCCAGACUAAUAGCGAAUGUGAAGGAAGCCCUAACCAUACCCUUUCAUGAAAUACGUGCGUACUCGGACUCAACGGUGGCGCUGGCUUGGAUCAGGUUGCAUUUCGCGAAAGAAAUCAAUCAACUAGAGAAGCAUCAUGAGGUGCAUUACACCAGUCGACAGCUGAAACCGACAGCUGAAACCGUUCCUGGAUGA